AUGAACACAGACGACCACUCUACGAUGCAUCCCUCUUCGGAAGACGUGAUCAAGGCCGAGAUCGCCUCUGCGGACCUCUCAAUGGCUGUUGAUGGCUCGUUUGUCGAGACUACGUCGUCGCAUGCGGCGCGUGAACUCAAGAAACGACUGGAUCAGUUGCUAGGUGUCGGCAGAGACGGGGUGCGGUCUCCCUACGCGUUGACGAUUACCCAAUCACCAUCUGGCGCUCGUGUAUACCGCGUUGGCUUCCGGCCCAACGUACGAGACGGCCAGACUCUAGACUUGCAAGCGCUCUCGCCUUCAGCCGAUGUCCCCUCGGGCAUGUUAUCUCCGCUUACUGCUAUCAACCCUACUUCCACCACUGGCCUUCACCAACGGGCUGCUACUCGUACACACAAAACAGAAUAUUUAUUGCCAACACACAAGCCUGGAUACAAGCCUAUUCCUCGCACUCGCUCGGGAUCCAUAUCCACCGGACGCCCUUCAACAAGCACGUGGGAGGCUGAACGAGUUCCCCUCCCCGAUGAUUCGCUCUCGGAAGUCCAACUAGGGGCCGAACCAGGUUGUGCUCCUCGUCCAUUUACUGGCCCCCAAUAUGUGCGACUGGGAAAUACUGACUGCAGAUCUAUACCCGGACUGGCGACUCUGAUAUCUUUAGCUCCGCAAUGGGCUGGUCAGAUGCUCCCAGAGGCAGAGCGAGACUACUCUACGACCGAUAGCGUGCAACCCACGGACCAAGUCAGCCAAGUCGUGCCCGUACCCCCUGCUGAUACCCCCCACGACACUUUAUGCUCCGUUCUUAAAUACCCUACUGGAGUUUUCCAAGUACUUCAAACAUACCGCGGCCUCCCUUCACUUGAUGCGCUGCUCGAAUCUCAUGAUACACCCACUGCUCGGUUAUCAACCACUACCUCGGCCGUCCCGGAAAAUGAUCCUCGAUUCGUUAUCUUUGGCGACCUAAAACCGAGCUCGGAUACCAUAAUUGCCCAUAACCGACGAAAGAUCACCAAACCCAAGCCUUCUGCUCCAACCUCCGUAUCCUCUGACAGGGACUCGUCUGAUGAACGGACCAUCAUGGCCGCAACCAUUGAGCGCUGGGUGGCCCAGCUGACGAGCGAACUCAACUAUGACGCUCUCAUGAUCUUCUUCCUCACGUACCGAGGUUACGUAUCCGCCAACGACUUGUUCCAUCUGUUGAUCUGCCGGUUCCACUGGGCACUUGAACCUACUACAAGCGCCCAAGAUGAGACAGUGCGAAGGAUCGUUCGUGUUCGAUCAUUUAUUGUAUUCCGGUUCUGGCUUGCGACUUUCUUCCAAGUUGACUUUUCGCCGAACAAAUGCUUCGGGGCGAAUUCACCAACUGGUUGA